GCGCCCGCAGCUCCGGCUCCGUCGGCGCCGCCAUGUCCUUGUGGCGGACCCGCCUGGGCCCGGCCGCCGUCGCUACCCUCAGUUCUGCUGCCCGCGGCCGCCUGCGGAGCGCCGUCUUGCCGGCGGCAGGCGUUCACAUCAGCUCCCAGCGCCCUUUGCAGUAUGGCUGGCUGGCUUACAUGCUGGGAGAGAGAGCCUCUAAAAAAUUCAGCAAAUACAGUAAAAUCUUCACAGUGGAUGGCAACCUGUCGUCUGGGAAGGGCAAGCUGGCACAGUAUAUUGCAGAUAAAUUAGGAAUGAAAUAUUUCCCAGAAGCGGAUAUCCAUUAUCAAGACAGGAUCGCAGGAGACGGACUGCUACUGGAUGAGAGGUUUAAUGGCUUCUGUAACCUAGAGAGAUUUUACAAUGAUCCAAAAUGCCCUGAUGGACACUCUUACAGGCUGCAAGCUUGGCUGUUUGGUAACCGUGUUUUACAGUACUCUGAUGCAUUGGAACAUCUGCUUACCACAGGUCAAGGUGUGGUGAUGGAGCGCUCCCCCUACAGCGACUUUGUGUUUUUGGAUGCAAUGUUUAAACAGGGCUAUAUCCACAAACGAUGUGUUGAUCACUACAAGGAGAUAAAAGAGAUCAGCGUUUGUGAAUUCCUGCCACCUCACUUGGUCAUUUAUUUAGAUGUACCUGUCCCAGAUGUGCAGAAGAGGCUUCAAGAGAAAGGAGAGCCUUACGAGAAAAAGGUGCCUGCUUCGUAUCUCCAGAACAUUGAGGAUGCUUAUAAGAAAACCUUCUUACCAGAAAUGAGUGAGAACAGUGAAAUUCUGCAAUACACAGCAAGUGAGGCAGAGGAUGUGGAGAAGGUAAUUGAAGACAUUGAGUACUUGAAAUUUGACAAGGGCCCAUGGCUGGAACAAGAUGAUGUUUCCUUCCAUCAUUUGAGACUUUUUGUUCAGGACAAAGACGGAGUGCUGGAUCCUGUAGCUAUCCCUCGGUUCAUUCCAGAAAUCACAAUUGGAGGCGCUGAGUACGAUAAAAUCUAUUAUGAAUUUCGAUCGCUUCCUGGUCGCAAUUAUCAGAAGGGCUACAAUGCUGAAGUUGGUGACAAAUGGAUCUGGCUGAAAUGAAAUCUGCCUCGCUCGGGAGCCCUAGCGGUGAUCAACCACAGCACUUGAGUGGAGAAGAAGCUGAGUUCAGAGUGUCUGCUCUGCAUCAAUUCUGUGUAGCACAAAGGAAACGCUGGGUAAAUCAUCUUCCAGCUACAGCAUAAGAGAAUAGACUCCUGGAAGGCAAAUGCAAAUCGCCUCAUUCUGGUUUGUUCUUCCCUGCUGAAUUCAGGGUGCUUUCUCUUUGGAUGCUUGAUAGUCUGUGUGUAAUAGAAAAGUGGUAUUACAGGAGCAGACUUAAGAUCGGUGCUGAACUUCUUCAUCAAGACUGUGGCAUGCUAUUAUACAGAAUUAUUGUUGUUUUCCUGAAUGAAGAGAAAUUAAAUCUGUAUCCUCCUGGUUCUCACGAAGUUAA